GGCCUCGCCGAGCCCAGAAAAACGACAACGCGAGAAAAAUUAGUAUUUUUGCACUUCACAAAUUAAUGACCAUGAGUUCGUUUUUGAUAAACUCCAACUACAUCGAACCCAAAUUCCCUCCCUGCGAGGAAUACACGCAGCACAGCGGCAGCGCCGGCAGCUCCGCCAGCUACCACCCGCACCACUCGCACCCGCACGCCCCGCCGCCGCCGCCGCCGCCGCACCUGCACGCCGCGCACCCGGGCCCGGCGCUGCCCGAGUACUUCCCGCGGCCGCGCCGGGAACCGGGCUACCAGGCUCCCGCGGCGCCGCCGGGGCCGCCGGGGCCGCCUCCCGAGGCGCUCUACCCCGCGCAGGCACCCUCCUACCCCCAGGCGCCCUACAGCUACAGCAGCGCCGGCAGCGCCGCCCCGGGCCCCGAGCAGCCGCCCCCGGGCGCCUCGCCGCCGCCGCCCGCCAAGGGCCACCCCGGCCCGCCCCAGCCCCUGCUCCCAGGCCAUGCCCUGCAGCGCCGCUGCGAAGCAGCCCCCGCCGCCGGGGCCGGCACCGGGCCCGCCUGUCCGCUGCUGCCCGACAAGAGCCUGCCCGGGUUGAAGGGGAAGGAGCCGGUGGUCUACCCCUGGAUGAAGAAGAUCCAUGUGAGCACGGUCAAUCCCAAUUACAACGGAGGGGAGCCCAAGAGGUCUCGCACUGCCUACACCAGACAGCAGGUCCUGGAGCUGGAGAAGGAGUUUCACUUCAACCGCUACCUGACCAGAAGGCGACGCAUCGAGAUCGCACACACCCUCUGCCUCUCCGAGCGCCAGGUCAAAAUCUGGUUCCAGAACAGGCGCAUGAAGUGGAAGAAAGACCAUAAACUGCCUAACACAAAGAUGCGCUCCUCAAACCAGUCCACACUGAGCCAGCAGUCCAAAGCACAGACACAGGGCCACCCCCAUUCGCUCGAUGGGGCUACACCCAACGCAGCUGCGCUAUAAAUACGGUUUUUGGUUUGAGUCUUUUUGGUCUUUUUUUGUUUGGUUGGCAUUUUUUUUGUCGUUGUUGUUGUUUUGUUGGUUUUUUUUUUUUAAUAUAUAUAUUUACCUAUCUAUUGGGGUUUUCAAGCUGCCUCAAGGUGGAGGCUGGCCUUUUGGACCAAACUGUGUAAAACAAAACAGGAGCAGAAAAGGAAGACGAGACGUGUCCAAGAACGGGCACAUGUUUAAACCAAAACCCGGACGAUUGUCUACAUUGUAUAUAGAUAAUGGUUCCAUGCCCAUCAUUUUUUUCUAUUUAUGGAAACGCUCUCUUGCCCUCGGUGUAAGAGAGGGCUGGAUGCUGUCAUGGACGAAUUCUCUGUACCUAAGACGGACUCUUUUUCUUUUUCUUUUUCUUUUUCCUUUUUUUUUUUUUUUUUCUUUCCUUUUUUUUUUUUUUUUUUUUUUU